AUGGAAGCCCAGGGGCUGGAGGGCCGGGGUAAGAGACCCCAGGGGAGGGGCUGCCUCCUGCUGGCUGUGGCUGGAGCCAUUGUCCUGGGGUCUGUGGUGCUCUCUGUGCCUAUCACUGUCCUGACUGUGCUGGCCUUGGUGCCCCAGGAGCGAGGAGGACUGGUAACAGAGACCGCUGAUCUGGGGAGACAGGCCCAGCAACAACUGGAGUUCCAAAAGUUACCGGAGGAGACAGAGGAAACAGAUCCUAGCCUGAGGCUCCCGGCUGCUCACCUCAUAGGCUCCUGGAAGGAUGGACAGAGACUAGACUGGGAGACAAAGAACGAAGAGGCGUUUCUGAGAAGCGGGACGCAGUUCUCUGACGCCGAGGGACUGGCCCUCCCGCAGGACGGCCUCUAUUACCUCUACUGUUACAUCGGCUACCGGGGCCGAGCGCCCCCUGCUGGCCGGGGCUUCCUGGGCCGUUCGGUCACGCUGCGCAGUUCCCUGUACCGGACCGGGGGAGCCUACGGGCCGGGGAUUCCCCAACUGCUGCUCGAGGGCGCCGAGACGGUGACAUCGGUUUUAGACUUGCCUAGAAUGCAAGGGUACGGGCCCCUGUGGUUCACCAGCGUGGGGUUCGGCGGUCUGGUGCAGCUCCGGAGAGGCGAGAGGGUGUACGUCAACAUCAGUCAUCCGGAUAUGGUGGACUACAGGAGAGGGAAGACCUUUUUUGGGGCUGUUAUGGUGGGGUGA